CGACCAUGGAAAGAGUCAUUCCUCUCGCUCGCACUCUCAUGCUCUCUCCAUCUUAGCGCUCAUCCCGCUGCUGCCUGCGCUUCUCUCUCUCUCUCACCCCCCUUUACCUCUCCGUCUAUCCGUCCCUCCCCCCUUCACUCUCUCCCUCUCUCUCUCUCUCUCUCUGUCACACACACACAUUCACUUACAUGCACUCAGACACACACUCUUUCUCCCUCUCUCUCUCUCUCUUUCUCCCACUCAUAUAUACAUAAACACACACAUACACAACACACAUGCUCCCGCACACACGCGCCCACUCAAUCCAUCAGAGUCCAACAUACCUGUGCAGGCUGGGGGGAGCGGUGCUGGAGGGGGCUUUCGGCAGCGUUGUCUCUGAGGGUGCUGUGCUAUCAUUUGGGGAAGAAGCGGGUCUCAAUUGUUUUCUCUUUCCUCUUCCUCUCAUUCCUGGAAUGCUAAAACUGGACUGAUGGACAUUUCAGAACUUUGUCUUCCAGACCCUCUCAGCUAUCAUAACCAGGCUUUGUUGUCCAAUUCAUUAGAGAGAUUCCUGAGUCCACUGGCCACGCUGGAGCCCUCUCAUUUCUGGCUGCUGAAUAGGAUGGCCGCUGAUGACCGGCAUCUACCCUCCAGCUGUGGGUCUUACAUCAAGACGGAGCCAUCCAGUCCCUCCUCGGUCAUCGACACGGUCAGCCACCACAGCCCCAGUGGCAACUCGGACGCCAGCGGUGGCUAUGUCAGCGCCAUGAACAGCCACUCGAACGGCCUGGACUCUCCGCCUAUGUUCACCCCCAGCGGGCUCGGGGCUGGCACCUGCCGCAAGCGCUAUGACGACUGCUCCAGCACCAUCAUGGAGGACUCGUCCAUUAAGUGCGAAUACAUGUUGAACUCCCUCCCCAAGAGGCUGUGCCUGGUCUGUGGAGAUAUAGCCUCGGGGUAUCACUAUGGGGUGGCCUCUUGUGAGGCCUGCAAAGCCUUUUUUAAAAGGACAAUACAAGGUAACAUAGAAUACAGCUGUCCUGCCACAAAUGAAUGUGAGAUCACAAAACGGAGACGCAAAUCAUGUCAGGCUUGUCGCUUCAUGAAAUGCCUCAAAGUGGGGAUGCUCAAAGAAGGUAAGAAGAGGGUUCGUCUGGACCGUGUGCGAGGGGGCAGACAGAAGUACAAGCGGAGGUUGGACACAGAAAACAACCCCUACCUGGGUCUGACGCUCCCCCCUCCCACCAAAAAGCCUCGUGAGUACUGCUCCGUCACUAGCCCAUUGUCUCCCUGCUCCGUCGCCCCUCCUCUGCCAGGCCAGCAAGCAGUCACAAAGAUAGUGUCUCACCUGUUGGUGGCCGAGCCGGAGAAGAUCUAUGCCAUGCCUGACCCUACCAUGCCGGAGAGCGACAUCAAGGCUCUGACCACGCUGUGUGACCUGGCUGACCGCGAGCUGGUGGUCAUCAUCGGCUGGGCGAAACACAUCCCAGGCUUUUCUACUCUCUCUCUGGGAGACCAGAUGAGUCUACUGCAGAGUGCCUGGAUGGAGAUCCUCAUCCUCAGCAUUGUGUUCCGCUCAUUGCCGUACGAAGACGAGCUGGUGUACGCCGAGGACUACAUCAUGGACGAGGAGCACUCACGGCUGACAGGCCUGCUCGACCUCUACGUCUCCAUCCUGCAGCUGGUCCGCAAAUACAAGAAGCUCAAAGUGGAGAAGGAGGAGUUUGUUACCCUCAAAGCCAUCGCUCUCGCCAACUCAGACUCCAUGCACAUAGAGGACAUGGAGGCGGUCCAGAAGCUUCAGGACGCUCUCCACGAGGCCCUGCAGGACUACGAGAGCAGCCAGCACCAGGAGGACCCACGGCGGGCUGGCAAACUGCUCAUGACCCUGCCCCUGCUGAGGCAGACAGCCACUAAGGCUGUGCAGCACUUUUACAGCAUCAAGGUGCAGGGCAAGGUGCCCAUGCACAAACUGUUCUUGGAGAUGCUGGAGGCCAAGGUCUGAUUGGAGGAAGGCUCACAGGCCACGGCGACAGCGGAGGGCUGCAUUACUGAUACAGAAAGUGACUUGAACCAAGGCUGAGGGUUCUCAGGAGAGGGAGACGCCCACUGAGUGCAGGACAGAGACUGACCUCCCUCACUCCUCCUCUACCUGGAGCCCUGGGACACGACAUAAAAAAGAACAAAUGCAAAACUUGGUUAUUAGUAUAAAUAUAAAAAUGAUGCAGAUUAAUUUAAAAUAUAUAAGAAAUACUAUGUACAGUAAUAAUUUUUUUGGUUUUUGUUAAUUGUCAGUGGUCAUGCUGUAUAUGAAGAAGGACCCUUCUGUCCCUCAGCGUCUUCAGAAUAAGUAGUUGCCAGAUCUUGAUAACAAGAUAAAGAAGAUUCUUUUUUCAGAAAACUAAAAGUUCCUAAAAAUUUUGUUCUGAAGACAGCAGAGGUGUCAACAACGACAAACAGACUCACUUGUCUCACAGUUGUGUUUUUGCCUGGACUUGACCAGGAUGUGUAAAUAUUUAUUAUUUGGAAGACUGAGUGUACAGUUCAAAGUCUGGUGAACUUGGUGGCCAUUUUCUCUUAUUCUCCUCCUGGAAAAAAAUGAACUAAAGGUGUUACCUAAAUGUGAACUCUUAUCAGUUUAAAUGUCCUUGGAUAUACCUCUCCAGAGCAGUAAGCCGUGUGAUCUUUGUGGAUCUGUCUCCGACUGGAAGACUUGCUGGUCCCAUGUUUAACCAAACUAGCAUAGGCAGGUACAAUAGUCAAUCGUCUUAUUCUGUAGUAACUCAGCAAUAAAAGGGAGCUGUUGGGGGUUCACUUUCAUGCGCUUUUCACUGCUGCUGUUUCUAAAAGACCAUGCCUGCGUGUAUCUCUGUCCCACUAGUGAGACGCACCACUGUACCGCUGUUUCACACUAGUGUUGCUCCUCUUCUGAAGUGAUCUGUCCUGAUGCUGCUCAUGCAACUCAUUGAACCCCCGAUUUGGUCAUUGUUUAAGCCUGUGGAAAUUGCCUCUUGACAUGCAAAUAGAUGACCUGAUUCAGGCCAGGUGAAAGAUAAUCAGCGGUUUUGGUGUGGCGGUAUCAAAGGAUUUAUGCCGAGUGGCAGAAGUCCAGGAGAUUCCAUGUUCAAACAAUCAGAGGCCCAUAUGUCAACCACUCUAUUUUGGGCCCCUUUAAGCCUGUGGCAGAGUCAUGCCACACACAGGGAGCAAGGUGCCCAGCAUCUGCUCUCACCAUUUUAGACACCUCCUGUCUUUUAAUAGCUGUGCCUGCAUUUAUAGGGCUGCGACCAAACAGAGGUAAAUGGCAGGUGCAGAGCCCGAGUGGUGGCACUUCACACUGGGUUUAUUUUUAACCCAGCAGGAGGUUGUUGUCUGCGCAGCCUCACGCCAGGAGUACAGUAGACACGUGGAACACUUCUUCUUGACCUCAUGUUGACACAGUGGCCAGUGCAGAGUAACACCCUUCCCACCGGCCAGGAGGCGGGCAGGCAGGCAUCUGUGAGGAGAACUCGGGAUGCCCGAGCGUGCACAUGUGAAUAGCUAUGCAAGAAACAAAGUGUCAGCAUGCUCCAAAGGGUAACAGCAACCCAACAGUGUGUCAGUACAAGGUGUGAUCUCUGGUGGGAGAAAGAUCUCAUACUCCCUUCUCCCUGUGUUUAGCUGCAGGGCCAUGACACUGGGUGUGAGUAAUACUGUAGUCCAGUCUAACUGAUCCAUGCCACCGGUCUCCAUGUGAGAGAGGAUGUGUUGCAGGCGAAUGCUUAUACUGCUGAAGGAUUUUAUGUGAUGUGAUAAAUUGUGGCACUGUCACAACAAUAUGAUACUGUGAUCAAAGCAAUCCCUGACAUUGCAGUAGGGUAGAGUUGCCGCCAUGCUUGUGAUAUCAGUGGCUAGCACUGAUCCAGUGGCCGGCAUGGCUUUUUAUACAGCAGUCUGAUUGGCCACGUAAUAGAGGGCGACUACCCACUCCUGCUCCUGCUCCCCAACUUAAACUAGCCGCUGUCCAGUUAACAAGCUCCACUGUAGAGGGUGACAUUAUAACUUGAGUUGUUUUACUGUUGUGCAAUACAACAGGGACCAAUUCUGACUGAAACCAUGCUAAGAGCAUGCUUUUACUUAGAUUUGGGAGAAUUUGUAUGCUAUUAAGUGACAUAUUCUACGUCCCUCUAAUCAGAAACAUGUAUCCUGUAUAUCAGAACUAUAUUUGAUUUGCUCUACUGAUAAAAGACCUUUGUGCUUCUUUCAAUAACAGUGCAGUAUAAAUGAAAACUUUUGCAAGAAAUCUUUACAGAUAGAAUUUUGUAGCGGCCCAAGAUGAUCAGCCAUAUGAAUCAUAAUAAUUUUGAUUAUUUUUACCUUGCAAUAUGACACUGUGUGAAGGCAAAGACACCAUGUCUUACAUUACAAGAUGUGUCUACGUGUGUAAAUAUAUCAGCAUCAAUACAGUAGGUUGCCGAAAUACCAUUGAAAAUAAAGUAUGCAGCGCCCUGCUGACUACUACCUCAUUAUCAUAUUGUCAAUAUUUCUCUGAUUCUACACUCUCUGCUCUAUAUCAUCUUCACGUCUGUGACAUACCUGAGCCAUCCAUGUUUUUAUCGAAAAACUGUUUCUCCUCCCUCAGUGCUCCUGCCAAAAUAUUUGUAAUUGUAGUAACUGAUCUUCUCCUCCCCUUCAUUCUUCAUAGAUCUGUUUGUAAAAGUAAAGCAUGCUUCACGUUGACCAUAUGACUUGGCCAUCAGUGGGUGUGACCCCCCCCCAUUUUGGUUACUAAGCGGGUAUGUGUUUAUAUGAACAUCAGUGUGUCAGAAUUGGUCCCUUGAUGACAAAUUGCAGACAGGGGCAGGUGACUGAUUUCCUGCUUCUGUGCUAUGAGUAUUUAUGGUGUGAAAUAUAUCAUUUGGCGAUGGUGUACAUUGAUAUCUCUGAUCGUUGAAUCACCAAUAUCUGUGUAACUUUUAUGUUUUGAUUUUCAAAAAGGUAAAGGAUCAAUGAAUUAAAUACUCACUGAACUCUGUGA